CACUAAAAAACUAUCCAAGUAACGUGAUGACGUUCAACAAGAUUGGCAUUCGUUCACACUAGUUACCCUGAGUAGAGCCUACCAAGGCGGACAGGCGGGCAGAGACCAAUCUAGAAAACUUACUUGCUCACCCAAUUCUUGCUUACACAGCAUCUUUGUGUCUGUGUUUUUUCAUUGUCAUUGUUUUCAUUGUAUACAUUCUGUAUCCAGUGUCGGCCCUGUGCUGUACGAGUAAUCAUAAGACAAAGACACACACCCUGACACCUUGAGGGGUAGCGUGGGGGGGAACGGCAUAUUUGUCUAUUUGUAAGGCGGCCUUUCAGUCUUCCAUCGUCACACCCACCGAAGGGAGUCUGCGUCUCGGCGGCUUUGUUGUUUUGCGACACCGAUAGAGAAGUAUAUAAAUUCUUCUAUUACGCUUCGAAGACGAGAUAUCAGAACCCGCCACCGUCAGAAAGUAUAUACGGGCGCAGACAUCCACCAUCUCUCAGAACUACCCUCAGCAUCCGUUGAAAUCGUGGAAAAUACGCUCAACACGGCUUGAUACGCGUUUCGAGUUCGCAGUUGAAGCAUUGCGCUUCUGGGGAGUGGAGGCGGCAAGAUGCGGACCCCACUGGACAACGAUGUCCGGGGAUGGAUUAUGACCAUUGCCAGCGGCAUAGCCUGCGUUGUCGGCUCAAGUAUCAUCUGCAUUGACCUUCUUCUGCGCCGCGUACCCAGAUGGAAGGACUUCAGCAUACAGGACAGCAGUCUCUUUCUCGCAUGCUCAAUGAGUCUGAGCUUUGGCGUCAUGAUCUUCUCCGCGCUAUACAGCAUGCUGCCAUCCUCAAAAAAGUACCUAGAAAAAGCCGAGAUGUCCCCAGCAAAGGCGUCCUGGUUGCUCCUCGUUUUCUUCAUCCUCGGAUUCAUCGGCAUCCAAAUCAUCUCGCGGUUCCUCCACCACUACAUCCCUUCCCAAGUCGUCGACUGCGAUCACCGCCACGACGAAACCAUAAAACAUCGUGGCCACCAGCAUGCUCGAAAGCAUACGCACGCGCACCCCCAACCCCACGUCCCCCAUCCCCGCAGUCGUCGGCACUCCCACGGCCCGCCACGAUCCCCGACCCUCGGCGUGGCCAAGGACACCGAAUCAACCCCCCUCCUAAACGGGGAUUCCGUCCGCGCGAGACCCGGCCACCCUUUCCCGACGGACGGCGGCCCCUCUCUCACGCCCUCCCAACCCCCAUCCGACCAACAUACUCUCACUGAGUCCUCGCGGCGCCCGUCUAUGGUACAGGUCCAGAACCGCGUCAUGUCUUUCGUGCGCGAUAACAAGGCGAACUGCGAUGAACUGGGGCCAUGCUUCGGGUACUCCGAACCAUGCGGUCAGGAAUGCUUCAAGCAAUUCCUAGCUAUGAGGAGUCAUUCGCACUCUCGCCCCCCAACCCUGCGACGCGUGCGCUCCCUCCGCCGACACGAGGGAGAGGACAUCGAGUCUCAAACCACCGAACUCCACCACGUCUCCAGCAGCUGCGGUUCCGUGCACGAUCACGACCAUGACCUCGACGGCGCGUGCCUCACCGACUCCACCUGUUCCGACGACGAAGCGGAACAAGAAGCCGCGCACCACCACCACGUUCCCGAAAACGCAUUCCUGAAUAUCGGUCUCCAAACCAGUAUCGCGAUCGCCCUCCACAAGCUUCCCGAAGGCUUCAUCACCUACGCCACGAACCACGCAUCCCCCGCCCUGGGAUUCUCAGUCUUCAUGGCCCUCUUCACCCACAACAUCACCGAAGGCUUCGCCAUGGCCCUACCCCUCUACCUCGCCCUCGGCUCCCGCACAAAAGCAAUGUGCUGGAGUUCCAUCCUCGGCGGCGUGAGUCAACCCCUAGGCGCCGGGAUCGCAGCAUUGUGGUUUAAACUCGCCAAGCACGAGGAUCGCGGUCAUGAGGGUGGGGUGGGGGGUCCGGGGUUCGCGGUGUAUGGAUGCAUGUUUGCGGUUACGGCGGGGAUUAUGACGAGUGUGGCGUUGCAGCUUUUUGUGGAGGGGUUGGGGAUGUGUCAUAGGAAGGAGUUGUGUAUUGGGUGUGCGUUUUUGGGGAUGAGUGUUUUGGCGAUGAGUAAUGCUUUGACGGCGCAGUAGGGCGCGAGGGGGCGAAGGAGUCGGGGAUGGUUAAGGUGGUUAAAGGAGUUGGGGAUAAGGGGAUUGGAGGGAGAGGGGGAGAAGAAUGAAGCAUUGCAUGCAUGUGUUACGAAAAGUCGGAUGAUGGCGUGGGCGUACAGGAUAACGUUUGUUUUGCGGAUGUUUCAGCGGUAGGUAGUAUUACCAUAGCGAAUAGUUUUAACGACAUGAGCCGCUUGUUGUGUGUAACUUUGCUGGAAUGUGGUGACACCGAGGAUAGGAGAUGCAUGUUUUUUUGGUCAACUUGUAAGUUUUCAGUGCUUGAGAGAGUAAUCCAUAUGGGCCAAAUGGUAGUGUUAUGUUUUGUAGCGG